AUGCCAUCACAGCCUUUUCGCUUCUGGGAUUGUUGUAUACCAAGGUGCUCUGCUUCUGCAGCCCUCGACGUGGGUCUCUGCGAACGUUGCGAACAACAUUUCUGCGCUAUCCAUGUCUCCUCCCCAGGGCAUAGCUGCGAGAGGGACCCCCUCGACGAUGAUGCAUGGACUACUGCUCAGACUCAAGAACUGGAAGCUCUUCGCCGUAACGUAAAAGACCAAGCCCUCCUGCAACGAGCAUCAGAGUGCAAUGGCGGUCUUCCAUGUGAACUAGAUGCCUCGGACCCUCUUGGUCGGGCGCAGAUGGGCGGCAUGCAUAUCCACCUACGCAUUCAAUUUUCCAAUGGAACAAAUUGGCUUGCUCGGAUUCUUCGACAGAACUUCACUUCCUUCGCGGAUGAAUUCAGUAACCGCGUGUUGGAAACUGAAUGUGCGACGCUGAAAUGGCUUGAAAGUGUCGAUGUACCCGCGCCGAGACUGCAUGAUUACGGCUUGCGAAAUGAUCCCAACAAUCACGUUGGCGUUGCGUACAUGCUCAUCGAUGAACUUCCGGGUAUUCCAUUGAUGAACAAGAAUCCCUCUCCAGAGCAAUUGCGCAAAGUGUACGCCCAGUAUGCUGACAUUCUCUGCUCUCUCCACCGGGUCCCAUUCCUCCAAAUCGGCUGUCUGACCUUUGGACCCAACAACGAUAUCCGCGUUGGCCCUAUUGUGGGCGAUCGCACAGGCACUUUUUCCGAAAUGGGACCCUUUGGCAAUGCACGAGACUACUAUGCAACGUUCGCUCAUGAAUAUCUUGAGAUGAUCUGCGAUGGGCAGCUCUUCUCUGCGUACCCUGUGAAUGCCUUUUUGAUCUUCAAGUACCUAAAGACUCUAGCAGAGGCAGGUCGAUGGAAUGCCUUUGACACGAGUCUCGACAAUGGUCCUUUCUUCUUGAAGCACAUGGAUGACAAAGGUGAUCAUAUUCUCGUUGAUGACGAGUAUAACAUCACCGGCAUCAUUGACUGGACGUUUGCGAGAGUGGUUCCUGUGUUCGAAGCAUUUGGCCCCUCCCUUUUGACUGCUGAGAUGAACGACAUAUUCAGUGGCAAGCCAGGGCCAUCCUGCAAUGAUAAUAUCAUGGCCCAGGCCGUGAAGGCUAAGAGUAAUAUUCUGGCACAGUUUGCUGCUGGGUCUGACCUUGUACGUCGAUUCUCUUUUGCCUUGGGAAUGGGCAUGAACCUGAUGUGGGAUGAGGCGAGAUCUGUCUUUCACGGUAUAGUCUCCACUGCUACUGGGAUUGACUUGAAUCUUGACUGGGAGGAUUGGCGUCGAAAUCGUAUCUGUCAAUGGGCCGACGAUACAUGGUUACGGGCCCUUUUGUCCAAAAGCGGAGAGUGUUGGGAUUAUCCAAAGCCAGUCGCAGAAGCAAAGGAACACCAGCCUCCUCGGUUUAAAACCUGCUCAAUGUCUGACUGUACACGAGCUGGUGUGCGGGGACGAAGCUGUGCGCAGUGCAGGAGACACCUGUGUGCGAAGCAUCAGUCAAAACAGUAUCACAACUGUUCAUCUUCGUGGGAGGUAAGCGACGAAGCCUGGGAGAAGUCAAUCAACGACGAGGUCGCCGAGCUACUAUCGCAAAUAAACACCUGGGAGCUAGUGCGAGUUGGCACUCGACUCAAUAACAACAUCAACUGCAAAUUCCAGCUGGGAAAACACCUCGGAGACGGCGCUAUCAUGGGCUGUGCCAACUAUCACGCAUGGCUCAACUUCGACAACGGCGAGAAAUGGAUCGUGCGAAUCCCCCGAACAGGCUUCAGCGACGUACCGCUGGAGCUGGUAGAAUAUCUUGUUGCGAGCGAAUAUGCCACUCUCAAGUUCCUUGAGUCGACUAAUAUCCCUGCCCCGCGGGUCUUUGGGUACGGAAUUGCUUGUGAGCCAUCAAACCGUGUAGGCGUCAACUAUAUAUUGAUGGAAGCAUUGCCUGGAAAACCAUCUGACGGUCACAAUGUUUCACCCUUUCAGAAGAAACGAGUGAUCGAGCAAGUCGCUGAUAUCAUGCUGGAGAUCCACAAGCACCCAUUCCCUCUUGCUGGGUCACUAACGAUGAAAGGAGAGCAGAUCGAGGUAUCUUCCAUUGCUAGCAACCGCUUCGUGGCACUCAACACCUACGGACCAUUUGUAACGCCGCUGGAAUAUAUUCUCAGCAUCACGGAACAAUACAUGGACCUCAUCGCUGACGGUCAACUUCACUACAAAUACCCGACAGAAGCGUUCCUUUUCUACGACUACCUGCGCCGCAAUGCGGCAGCGGUAGUUCGUACUGACACGCCGGAAAGAUUCUUCCUUAAACACGUCGACGAUAAGGGCGACCAUUUACUCGUCGAUGACGACUUCAAUAUCACCGGGGUUAUUGACUGGCAGUUUGCUCGCAUCGUGCCUGCAUCCGAGGCUUUUGGUCCGUCGUAUCUCACCGCAGAUCUGGAGUCGCUGUACUCCCGCAACACGGGCAUGACUGGGGAUGAUAAGCUUCUUGCAAAUGCUCUCCGAGAGAAGGGUGCGCCCGAGUUGGCUUCUUUUGCAGACGGAAAUGAAAUGAUGCGUCGGGUGCACCAUGGUCUCGCGAGUGGCUUGACGACAGAUGAAGCUCGCGAGAUGUUGGUAGGAAUGGUGGAGGCCGUGUCAGGUCAGCAUGUCGAGGAUAUGGAUUUAUGGGUUAAAGAGCAGGCCAGGGAGUGCUUCAGAGAUCCCAGAUGGGAGAAGAUUCAAGCUUUGGCCAAGGAGCAAAUGGUUAUCAAAUGA